AUGUUGCUGGGUUUGCUGCACUACGAAGAAGAGGACGAUGUGAAGCAAAUGGUUAAGAAAGAGACAGAACAUGCAUUCCCGGUGGGACUAAUUGGACGAAAUGUACUCUCGGGAGCCUACGAAUACGUAGAUGUGUAUACCAAUGAAUCUCAGUACAUUGUGGAAGUAAAUCUCGUGGCUCAAUUCAAAAUAGCUCGACCAACAACCAGUUACGCCUCAUUACUCGAACUUAUCCCACCGAUCUUCGUCGGUAAACCCAAAGAGCUGAAGCAGGUCAUGAAACUACUGUGCAAAGCAAUGAGGGAAUCCAUGAAAGCCGAAGACAUGCACUUGCCGCCGUGGCGGCGAAGCGGCUACAUGCAGUCCAAAUGGUUCGGUCUUUACAAGCGUACCGUCAAUGAUGUUCCGGUCCGGCCGACGAUAUCGUUCCGCUGCAGGGAAGAUUUUGCUAGCAAAGAUGGGUUCAAAGUUGAUAUUUAG